AUGAACAAUUCAGUGUGGGUCGACAAAAUUACCGACGUCGUUUUAACUAUAAAGGAUGAGUUGGACUCGGGACACGAGUUGCCAAAUCAUAGUGGCGUCGGUGAAGAGGAAAUUCCAGUCAUAGGAAUGAGUUUUGGUUCGUUGCCUCUUGCACAUAAAUUUUAUGCAAACUAUGCAAAGAAAGUUGGGUUCGUUACUAAAAUUAGGAACACAAAUUUCGACAAGGCGCAGAAGGAAUCAAAGAUACCGGUUAAUCAAUCUAUUUACUGCACGCGAGAAGCUUAUCAAGAGUCUAGGGUGAACGCAGCAACUCGAGCAAACAGAAUUACAGCCACGAGAUGUAGAGCAAGGAUGUAUGUCAUACUGGACAAGGAGAAGGGAAGUUGGGUUGUGUCUAGAUUAGAAUUGAGGCAUUCUCACCCCUGUUCGGCUAAGAAAGCUGUCCACUAUCAUGAGUACCGGAAGCUGACCAUGCAUGCUAAGUGCGUCAUUACAGAUAACGACGAGGCUCAAAUAAGACCCAACAAGACAUAUCUAGCACUGGCAAACGAGGUUGGUGGGUCCUCAAACCUGGGUUUUUCAGAAAAGGAUGUCAGAAAUUACAUCACACGCAAUCUCCGAUACUCCGAUGACAAUGAGGACUUCCAGGGAAUGAUGAAUUAUUUCGUUCGAAUGAAGGAGAUCAAUCCCAACUUUUUUUAUGCCAUAGAUGUUGACGAUGCUAAUAAAUUUAGGAGCGCACUAUGGGUAGAUGCAAGGUGUAGGGUUUCGUAUGAAUAUUACGAAGAUGUGGUGUCGAUUGACACCACUUACAGAAAACAGAUCUGUAUACUUAUUGGUGAAUUGCUUGGUCUGCCGUUUGCAUCCUUUGUCGGUGUAAACUACCAUGGGAAGUCUACUCUUCUUGGCUGUGCUUUACUUGGGAGCGAGGAGAUCCCUAGUUUUGAGUGGGUGUUCACACAGUGGGUGAAAUGCGUCGGGACUAUGCCAAGGGAGAUUAUCACUGACCAGUGCAAGGCGAUGGCUGGUGCUAUUAGGAAGGUCCUACCUGAUACUGUCCACCGAUGGUGCAUCUGGCACAUAAUGAAGAAAUCACAAUUCAAGCUCAGUGGAUACGCUAGGUACGAAGAAUUGAAUGCAAUGAUGAAUCACAUUGUGUGGAAUUCUCCUUCAACUGAAUCGUUCGAGGUUGAUUGGGCUGGUUUUGUCAAACAAUUUAACUUAGGCCAGAACAGAUGGUUAACAUACCUUUAUGCGAAUCGACGGAAGUGGGUUCUAAUAUUCUUCAAGAGUGAAUUUUGGGCAGGCAUGAGGAGUACACAGCGUAGUGAAAGUAUGCACGCAUUUUAUGGUGGAUACCUGCAUUGCAAGAGUGGAGUUCACACAGUACCGAGCUGCUAUGUUCUUCCUCGAUGGAGUAAGAAUGUUAUCCGCAAGCACACUUACAUCAAGAGUAGCCAUGACGUGGCUCGGAGUGAUGAAAGCAACAACUUGUUCAGGCAUCUGUGUUCAGAGUUCUAUAAUGUUGCUCAGGAGUUUAUUGCUUGUGAUGAGGAAGCAGCCAUCUUGCAAGCUGCCCUUUGGGAAGCAAAGUCCAAGCUGACUGAUUACCGUGCCAGCAUGCGUUCCACUACUGUUGCUGCGACUCAGAAUACCAUGCCCACACAGAGCACAGGCGGUGCUAUUGUACAUGACAUACCGGGACCAUCAAGACCAAAGGACGACUGA